AUGGGUCAACUCAUUGCUGGUCGGUUCAUCAUGGGUAUGGGUGUCGGCCAGGCUGGUGUUGUUGGACCGAUUUACCUAGCCGAAGUGGCGCCAACGGCUUCUCGAGGUCUAUUGGUCGGUCUCUAUGCGUCAUCGGAAUAUGUCGGUGUUUUAAUCGGGUACUUUUCCGGUUGGGGAGCCUCGCUUCAUAUAUCCGGCGAUAGCAACACGCAAUGGAUCCUACCAGAAAGUAUCCAUAUCAUGGUGGCCGGGGUGUUACUACUUUUCUCAAUCGGCUGCGUUGAGAGUCCUAGAUAUUUGGUCUACAGCGGUCACGUAUCAAGGGCUACAAUAGCUCUUGCUAAGCUGCGGGGUUUUAGCCCAGAGGAUCCCCGUAUUAUUGAAGAGGUACAAAGUAUUAAGCGUGAGGUUUCCUCAAAGAAAACCACGGGCAAGCCCAAGUGGUCCUUUGUAGGGCAAUGGAAGGCACUUUUUGCAAGAGCCAAUCUCCAUCGAUGGAUGUUUCUUUUGUCUGCGCAACUUCUCAGUCAAUGGUCCGGAACAAAUGCUAUCACAACUUACGCACCUAAAUUCUUCGCGCUGUUGAAUGUGGCCGGGAAUUCCGAAAAACUGUUCAAAACAGCUAUUUUCGGAGUAGUAAAACUGGUCUCUGCGCUUAUUAGCGCAUUCUUCUUCGUUGAUCGCUUUGGAAGAAAACGCACCCUCUUAGGAGGAAUAGUACUUCAGCUCCUCGCUUUGCUCUAUAUUGCAAUCUUCAUGACAGCUUGGGAUGCAGCUGGCAAGUCAGACUCCAGUAAUGCGCUUAGAGCAGCUGCCGGUUCCGUGGCUGCUCUAUACGUUACAGGAGUCGGCUAUGCUUUCGGGUGGAAUUGCAUCCAAUAUCUGAUUAAUGCUGAGAUUCUUCCUUCAGAAGUUCGUACCCUGGGGACAAGUCUCCUCAUGUGUGUUCAUUAUGCCAAUAAGUUCGCACUGGUGAAGGCCCUGCCAAGUAUGAUGCUUGAUGAUGCUUUGCAGCCCAAGGGGACAUUUUGGUUCUUCUUUGCUGUUGCAUCAAUAGGUCUUGUAUGGGGCAUUGUCUGGCUGCCAGAAACUUCACAGAAAAGCUUGGAGGAAACAAGCAUUGCAUUUGAGAAGCAGUCGACAAAGAAUCCGUGA